GUUCCGCAAGUGAGACGUAAAAUAGAGCAAAAAUGCCCAGCGCUUCCUUCUCGUCGUCCCGAUCGUACGUUCGCCGAUCCCGGCGAAAGGGCAACCGAAUUCCGCUGCCAUCACGAACUUCCGCAAUCUGCGAACAGAACAUUCCAGCACCGAACGUCGGUGCAGCCUUGUCGUCAAAUGGUGGCGGCGGCGGAAGUGGUGGAGCCGGUGGUGGCACGGCAGUAACAGCGGCAGCACCACCGACAGCCGGCACCGGUCCAACGACGGCCGUCAGUACUACAAUCAGCUCCACAAAUAGCAGCAGUACCUCCUCUGCCAGCUCGUCCACAUCCAGCGCUCCUUCCACUUCCACGUCAGCCUCAGCGGCAUCGUCGUCGUCGAACUCAUCGCCCAGCUCUUCAACGGCACUAACGGUUUCCAUCACCGGUCUACCAGCUGCAUCGUCCACCUCCGUCAUGAUGGCACCGCCCGGCGUUUGCACAUCGUCCGGGUUGACCAACUUUGGAGCGGGAAACUUCAGCGGUGCUUCAACUACCACCAAUGCGGACAUCGUCGGAUCGACAGUGAUGGUGUGCGGUGGUGGUAGUGGUGGUGCUAGUGGUUCCGGAACAGCGAGCUCAUCUUCGUCGACCACCACGUCGUCACAGUGUCUGUCGGUGAUCACGGCAACACUGUACGCGAUCGUUGGUUCCAGCACCGGAGGCAACAGCACAUCGACCGGAUCCUCCUCCUCAUCCUCCACGUUCGGGUGUUCCAGUGCUUCCCCAUCUUCCAUAUCAGGAACCGUAGGUGCUGGAACAGGUUCAUCCACGUGCGGCGGAUUGUCCGGUCCGCUGUCCUCUGUAACGCUGUCCGAGGUGAAGCAGAGUUCCAACUCGCCAUACGAUCUGCGCAAAAAAUCCCCCAUGACGGCACACGAUUCAGCCAGUGCCAGCGGAGGAGGAGGAGGUAGCGGUGGUGGAGGUGGUUGGUUAGCAGGAAGUGGAGGUCCCGCUACGUCGACCUCGUCCACGGCAUCUUCAUCCGCUUCGAGUGCGAUGGCAGGCAACUCCUCCGCUAGCUGUUCCUCGUCCAAUACCGGUUCCGGUGGCGCUCUAUCGUCGUCCACGGGUGGUUCAUUCGGCCUCGGAUGUGGCGCCUCAUCCUCAACUAGCACUAGUAUUAACAAUCCGAACUGCUCGCCCGGUGGCAGCAGCGGCGGUGGUGGUGGCGCCGGAAGUGGCAAUCUUCUUCUGCACCAUCACCAUCACCAUUCGCAUCAGUAUCAAUCGACCAGUGGGUACGAUCCGAAUGCGGCCGCUUAUAUGUUGCCGGCCCGGAAACGUCCCCGUCGUACUUACUCCAACAGCAACGAGGUGGGCACAUCGAUGGCGGCCACGAUGCCACAGCAACCGACGGCGGCUGCCGCAGCGCUACUUGCGGCCACCGGCGGUGGGUCGUCCGCAUCAUCAUCCGUUGCGUGUCGUCCGGCGGCCACGGCCGCGGUAGUUGCGCUCACCUCUCCGGCCACUCCUUCACCGCCGAUGGCAACGGCAUCAGUGGCUAUGGCGGGCACGAUGUGCAUGCAGUCGGCGGCCCACUACCUACAGUACGAGAUGCCGGACGAGGUGUUGCUGACGAUCUUUUCCUACCUGUACGAGCAGGACCUCUGCAGGGUGGCACUGGUCUGCAAGCGCUUCCAAACGAUCGCCAACGAUAAGGAACUGUGGAAGCGUCUCUACCAGAACGUGUACGAGUACGAUCUGCCGCUGUUCAAUCCGGAACCGUGGAAGUUUGUGUUCGUGAAACCGGACGAGGCAGACUACGCGAACCCGUGGAAGGAGAGCUUCCGACAGCUGUACCGCGGCAUACACGUGCGACCUGGCUAUCAGGACCGGCGGUAUCAGGGACGCACGAUCGCUUACUUCAACACGGUGCAGGGUGCACUGGACUACGCGGACGAGAAGAAUUCGGCCAACAGUAAUGGUGGACCGACGGGCAGUAGUGGUGGUGGAGCGAGCGGGAACGGUAACAAUGGUAUGGGAGGUAACAAUAGCAAUAAUAAUAAUAACAACAACGGUGAUGAUAUGGGUGUGUCUGGAGGAGCUGGCGGAGGUAAUGGUGGCGUGGUCGGCGAAACGAUGCCAUCCGGCAGCUUAAUAUUUCUGCACAGUGGCACGUACCGGGGCGAGUUUCUGGUGAUCGAUUCGGAUGUGGCACUGAUUGGUGCGGCCCCAGGCAACGUGGCCGAAUCGAUCAUACUCGAGCGUGAAUCCGAAUCGACGGUCAUGUUUGUGGAGGGCGCGAAGCACGCGUACGUGGGACACAUGACGUUGAAGUUUUCGCCGGACGUUACUUCAACGGUUCCGCACCACAAACACUACUGUCUGGAGGUGAGCGAAAAUUGUAGUCCCACCAUCGACCAUUGCAUCAUCAGGAGCACGUCAGUCGUUGGUGCGGCCGUAUGUGUUAGUGGUGUCGGUGCCAAUCCGCUGAUCAAGUACUGUGACAUCAGCGACUGCGAGAACGUUGGUCUUUACGUGACGGAUUACGCACAGGGCACGUACGAGCAUAACGAGAUUAGCCGGAAUGCGUUGGCCGGCAUCUGGGUGAAGAACUACGCUAGUCCAAUCAUGCGCGAAAAUCACAUCCACCACGGUCGCGACGUGGGCAUCUUUACAUUCGACAAUGGCAUGGGUUACUUUGAGAAAAAUGACAUCCACAACAACCGAAUAGCGGGUUUUGAGGUGAAGGCGGGUGCCAAUCCAACCGUGGUAAAGUGUGAGAUCCAUCAUGGCCAGACGGGCGGUAUCUAUGUGCACGAGAAUGGGCUGGGCCAGUUCAUAGAGAACAAAAUCCAUUCCAAUAACUUUGCGGGAGUGUGGAUUACGUCGAACAGUAAUCCCACGAUCAGAAAGAAUGAGAUCUACAACGGACAUCAAGGCGGUGUGUACAUCUUCGGCGAAGGUCGCGGUUUGAUCGAGCACAACAACAUCUACGGCAAUGCGCUGGCCGGCAUACAGAUACGCACGACGAGCGAUCCCAUAGUGCGGCACAACAAAAUCCACCACGGACAGCACGGCGGUAUCUACGUGCACGAGAAGGGCCAGGGCUUGAUCGAAGAAAACGAGGUGUACGCGAACACGUUGGCCGGCGUAUGGAUCACGACCGGCAGUACGCCCGUGUUGCGACGGAACCGCAUCCAUUCGGGCAAGCAGGUGGGCGUGUACUUCUACGACAAUGGGCACGGCAAGCUGGAGGAUAACGAUAUCUUCAACCAUCUGUACUCGGGUGUGCAGAUCCGCACCGGUAGCAAUCCGGUGAUACGGGGCAAUAAGAUUUGGGGCGGUCAGAAUGGUGGCGUGCUGGUGUACAAUGGGGGGCUUGGACUGUUGGAGCAGAACGAAAUCUUCGACAACGCAAUGGCUGGCGUAUGGAUCAAGACGGACUCGAAUCCGACGCUACGUCGCAACAAAAUCUACGACGGUCGGGAUGGUGGCAUCUGCAUCUUUAACGGUGGUAAGGGCAUCCUGGAGGAGAACGACAUCUUCCGCAAUACGCAGGCGGGUGUGCUGAUAUCGACCCAGAGCCAUCCGGUGCUGAAGCGCAAUCGCAUCUUUGACGGUUUGGCGGCCGGUGUGGAGAUUACCAACAAUGCGACCGCCACGCUGGAGUACAAUCAGAUCUUUAACAACAAGUUUGGUGGGCUGUGUUUGGCCAGCGGCGUGCAGCCGAUCGUCGGCGGGAACAAGAUAUUUAACAAUCAGGACGAGGUGGAGAAGGCGGUAUCGGGCGGCCAGUGUUUGUACAAAAUCUCGUCCUACACCUCGUUCCCGAUGCAUGAUUUCUAUCGCUGCCAUACGUGCAAUACCACCGAUCGCAACGCAAUCUGUGUGAAUUGCAUCAAAACGUGCCACUCCGGUCAUGACGUCGAGUUUAUACGCCAUGAUAGAUUUUUCUGCGACUGCGGUGCCGGUACGCUGACGAACCAAUGUCAGCUGCAGGGUGAACCGACGCAAGACACGGACACCCUGUACGAUUCGGCAGCGCCGAUGGAAUCCCACACGCUAAUGGUAAACUAGGAGCAC